CGAGCCGGCAAACCGCCCCUCGGCCCGGCCGUAUACACAGCGCGCGCGAGAGGCGGUUGACCGCGAGUAACCUCGGCGGUUUGGGCCGCCCCGCGCGACCUUUCUCCUGCAUUGGCCGUGACGCGCUCGGGGCCUCCCCCUCCCCCCGAGCCCCCCUCCGCCAGAGAGAGAGAGAGAGAGAGCGGCUGCGGGCCAAGAUGGCGGCGCUGAGCAAGUCCAUCCCUCACAGCUGCUACGAGAUCGGGCACACCUGGCACCCCCGCUGCGGACGGGCCUUCGCGGACAUCACCCAGGGGGCGCUGCUCGAAUCCCUCCGCAUCUACGGGACCCUCUACCUGAUUGCUGCAAUUCUCCGGAAACGAAAACUAGAUUAUUAUUUGCACAAACUGCUCCCUGAGAUCCUACAAUCAACAUCCUUUCUGACAGCAAAUGGAAGUUUGUAUAUUGCAUUUUUCUGCAUUUUAAGGAGGAUACUUGGAAAAUUUUAUUUUUGGACUCCUGGUUUUGGCGCUGCUUUACCAGCUUCUUAUGUGGCUAUUCUUAUUGAAAGGAAGAGCAGGAGAGGGCUGCUUACAAUUUACAUGGCGAAUUUGGCCACCGAAACUCUAUUUCGCAUGGGGGUGUCAAGAGGAACAAUUACUCCUUUAAGACACGGAGAGGUCCUUUUGUUCUGCAUUACUGCUGCCCUGUUUAUGUUCUUUUUCAGGUGCAAGGAUGGCUUGAAAGGAUUUACAUUCUCAGCACUAAAAUUCAUUGUAGGGAAGGAAGAAAUUCCCACACAUUCUUUUGCACCGGAAGCAGCCUUUCUAAGGAGAGGGAGAAAAAUAAAACACAGCGAAGAAAUGACACAGCGAAUGAACAUAGUGGCGGCAACAAAGAAACUUGUGGACAAAGUAUGCAAACAUGGGCCAAGGCACAGAUGCUGUAAGCAUUAUGAAGAUAAUUGCAUCUCAUAUUGUGUUAAAGGCUUCAUUAGGAUGUUUAGCGUUGGUUACUUGAUCCAGUGUUGCCUUCGGAUCCCGUCAGCAUUCCGGCAUCUGUUUACAAAACCUUCCCGGCUGCUCUCGCUCCUCUACAACAAAGAAAAUUUCCAGCUCGGGGCUUUUCUGGGGUCAUUUGUCAGUAUAUACAAAGGUACAAGCUGCUUCCUGCGCUGGGUACGGAACCUGGACGAUGAACUGCAUGCACUUAUUGCAGGAUCCUUGGCAGGAAUGUCAAUGAUGUUCUACAAAAGUACUACUAUCUCUAUGUACCUGGCUUCCAAACUAGUAGAGGCCAUGUAUUUCAAAGGCAUCGAAGCCGGAAAGGUCCCUUAUUUUCCCCAUGCCGACAGUAUCAUCUAUGCUGUGUCCACAGCCAUCUGCUUCCAGGCAGCCGUGAUGGAAGUUCAAAACUUGAGACCUUCUUAUUGGAAAUUUCUAUUACGGCUAACAAGGGGAAGGUUUGCUGUCAUGAACAGGAAAGUUUUGGAUGUAUUUGGUACUGAAGCAUCUAUGCAUUUCAAGGACUUCGUACCUGCGCUUGACCCAAGACAUACAGUGGCCCCACCAGAGAGGCCUCUUGAGCGAUCUUGGUAGUGAGACGUUAGCCUGGGACGAAGUCUGGCUGAUGUUUGUGCUGAGAAGUUAAAUUAACUUUAACAGUCAAAUAGACCGAAGAGGGCUUGUGUUCCACUUCAGUAUUGUUUCAGUGAGUUGCGUUAUCUUACCAAUCAAAACGUUGCUAAAGCACCGUAGCGAGAUGCGGCUUUUAAUUCUGCCGCUCCCUUAGUAGAAAGUGUCUCUGGAUCACUGUGGCUGGUUGACGCAACCUGGUAGAUUUUUGACAGAAUUAUAUAUCAAUGGAUUAAUAUAUCAAAAAAGAUCGGGGGUGGUUGGGUGGGUCUGAAGUACGUGAAUGUACUUAAAAUAAAAAAUAACACCAUUUUGAAAACAAUUCAUUUUAAUUCAUUCCGGUAGAUAACUUAAUAACAAUAUUUUUACAUUUAGAAAAUGAAAGGGACAUUGGAGAUAUAAUGUCAGAAUUCUAUAAAUUUUAUUUUCAAAGUCAGAUUUUAGUGGGGAAUGUUUUCUCUGUUUCAGAUAGGUGGUUUAAAAAAAAAUUGUUACUGGAAAAUGUUUAAAGAGCCAAUGUCUAGUAGCAUAUUUAUGACUGUACUGUUUAUAUCCAGCUUUGGCUUUGAAAAAGCCCCCCCCCCCUAGCCUCUUCCCUUAAGUCGAAUUGCAUACCUCGAAAGCUACUGAGAGAUUUAAAAAAAGAUAUAGUGGGCAUUUAGGCCUGAGUAAUGUAGUUCUUCAGAUACGUGUAUGAAUAACUAGAAAGGACAAGACCACCACAGAAUGGAAUGUAGUAUUGUUCUUCAGGUUUUGAGCUGAGCCUCACAAGAUAUACUAGAUGGUUUGAAGAGCAAAAAAAUUGAAAACCUAUAUACAAGAGACUUAAGAAGAUGAUUGUGCCCUUGAAUAUGGAAUUGACUUGAUUUUUGUAAGCCUCCGUACUAUGUCAGUAAUCCAGUGGCCUUCCAAAGGAGUCAAAACCCCAAAGUUUUGAAAGGUGAAGCAAAACAGAUUGAUAUUUUUUUUUGAGAACAUUGAUGCUGUUUGCUUCUACAUAUUUUGUUCUUUUUUUAAAAAAAAAGAAAAGUGUAGCCAAUAUACAAGAGCCAUAUUACAAGUAUGUUAAAUUUAGGGCAAGCUGGUCAUUGCUCGAAAUCCACUGCCCCUCCUUCCCUGUCUGAUCCCUGUGGAACCUUGGAUGUCCAGGUUCCAUUUCUAUGAUCAGUUCAGUUGGGUGCGGGCUGCAGUGAAGGAGCUCCCAAGCCUUUGGAUGGAAAAGACAUGGUACUUAGAGUCGUCUGAUUUGUCAGAAGCUGAAAUGUCUGUGCUUCGAAAAACAUCAGAACGAUUAGAGAUACUGUUCAGAUUCUUCUUUAAUUGCUGCAGAGUUGUCGUUUUUUCCAGCUGUGUGUGUAUUUGUGCACAUGAAAAUUACCUAACAGAACAAUUUCCAAUAUAACAGUGAAAUUAUAUUUCCAAAGAACAGCAGUAGCAUAAUAUCUCUUUAAAACAUCCCAGGGAGCAAGCAGUAUUUUUGAGUUUGUGAAAACUUUCCUUCAAGCUGGUUAUAAAGCGCAACACUGGAAGAAAAAUAUGAUUAAAAAGCCUGCAGUUUUAGGUACUCUUGAUUUUGGCUUUUUGUUUUUGUUUUUUAAAAAGCCAGCAAGUUCUUUUUUCCUAUUUCUUCUUAAAAUUUAACAUCGUUCCCAAUGAAUUUUUCUGGUGAACUCAAAAAGCACACUCACUGUGUCAUGAACUAUUUAAUUUUAGUUAAAACUAAUAAAGGUAUUAUGCUGCCAUUGCUGUUUGAUUUUUAUUUUUUUUAAUGGACCAAUAUAUUUGCCUCCGUUUAUUUUCUGCUGUAGCACAUAAACUUGCACGUUGGCCUUUUAAGUGAGUACUGGUCAUACUUGUUACAUGUUGUUGGGUUUUCCUCAUGCACUAAAUUUUAUAUCAGGGUUGCCAAAUGAAUCCAUAGCUUCCCUUUGAGGUAGGGGAGAAGUACGAUUAACUAACACAGUGAACCGCUACUGCUGCCGAAUGAUUGUCAGAAGUGUCUUUGAAGAACAAAAAUGUCAACACCGGGCUACUCAAAACAUUUUUUGCAUACUUGCAAGAGAUGAUUAACAAAUCCCCUGACCGGGAUAACAGUGGCGGAAAGUUUAUUUGGUAAAGACUCUGGAAAGAGUACAGGCAUUGAACUCAGGGACAUUAUGCCACCCACAUGCCAUAUAAUAUAACAAAAAGACAACCCCAAAAGAAGAGAAACCCCUUGGAAGUGAAAGUUGUCUCCACAACCAACAGUAGUCCCAUUGUCUUGACUAUUCCAUGUAAUUCCAUGAAUAGAAAAGCUCUGGUAUGGGUCAAGAACUUAACUUAUAGGGCUUAGAGCAGGAAGCAACCAUGUAGUUGGAGCUAGAUUGACACUAUUUCCUGCCCCAAAGUAUCAAACCAUCCAGACCUUUGUGUGUGAAACUUGGUCUUCCUCCUUGUAUGGGCAGCCUGUGCCCAGAGGCCUCAAGUCUCUGGUGUCAUGCAGUGGAUGACAAGCCACCAGAAGCUCGCACUUCCUGCUCUCCAGAGUACGAGGGGCCUGAUGUUACCAAGAGCAGAGUGCUUGGCCCUUGCUUCUUCUCCAGGACAACAUGGGAAGAUCAAGGAAGGAGGCCCCAGAGCAGAUGGAGAUGGUUUGAUCGAAAGACUUUGAGGAUGGUUCCAGGGAAGCAUUUGUGAUACCAUGAUAUCCAGUGCGUGCCCAGGCGUCUUGAAUGCCCGCCGUGGUUCUGAGCUUCGUGGUGGAGCUAACUUGGCAGCAAAGAGGGCGGAAGGAGGAAGGCAGCUCAACAACCAGGCUGAGUGUCAAGCCUUGGAGGUACAUGGACAGCAAGGGAGAGAUUCACCCAUCAGAAUAUGGUAGUCAGAUUUUUGGACCAUAUCUAGGUCUCUAUCUCAUUAGUUUGAACACCUUACUGGGCAUUUUGGUUUACGGGUCUAUAACAUGUUUUUCUAUUUCAGCUGAGAUCUUUUUAUACACCUUGGUUCACAACCAAACUUACUGUAAUUGUGCCAUGGCAUCCAAAGUGGUACAGUUUGGCUCAGACCACUGAACCACCUCUGUCUCUGUACGGGCUUGAAAUCCUCUGUCAGAUUGAAAUUGCCUCGUAACAGAAUGUUUCCCCCCAGUUUUACUUAAGCAGAAUUGUGUUACGAAAAUUGACUGUCCCUUUGUAACCCUCAGAAGACAAACCAGCAGGACCUGAUGAUCUCAUUCACCACUAGGAGCUGUUCAUGAGGCUGUGCCAAAUUUUCACGAGGCUUGAGAUUUUUCUUUUUCACAGUGAAAACUGGCAUUUCAUGGGUCAUUAUGUUUUGACUGAAGGAAUAGCAUUCCUGGAAGAGGAGGAGGUGGCGGCGUUACUCUUCACUGCAAAACUACCAUCCCUCAGGUUCUCAUGUCCAAAGCACUGGUCAAGGGAGAAGGAGACGGUUCACACUUUUCUGGAGAUUACUUUAAAGGACUCGUUCCACAGUAAUAUGCACAAAGUGUGAACCUCCUUCUCCCUUCUUCUGAGAAGCAAACUAAAAAACAGAAGCCGAUCUCUCCCCCCCCCCCCCCGGCUCAACCAAAAUGCUGUCCACAUGAUUCAUGUAUAAGGAUCUGUAACUUGGAGGUCAGAUUCAAACACAGAAGGAAGGAAGUUGCCAUGGAUGUUUGCAGGAAGCGGAGAGAGGGGAGGCACAAGAGUGUUGCGGCUUCUUCUCUGUAGGCUUCCUGGUCUUUUAAGAAGGCAAGGGAUACUAAGUCCCCUCAUCAGAUGAAUGCACAUCCAUCACUUUGGGCCAGACCUAGCAGUGUGGGGAGAAGCACAACUCACGCUUCCUCUUUCACCUCUUUAUUUGAACACCAGAAAUAGAAUCAUAGAAUUGGAAGAAUGAUAGAAAAAUAGGGUUGGAAAGGGAUCAUGAGGGUCAUCUAUUUCAAUCCCCUUGCAGGGCACGAAUCUCAGCUGAAUCAUCCAUGACAGGUGACCAUUCAACCUCUGCUUUAACAAGGAAGGAGAGUCUACCACCUCUUGAGGGAGACCAUUCCACCAUUGAAUAGUUCUUCCUGUCUGACUGUUCUUCCUGAUGUUUAUUCCAAGUUUCUCCAAAAUCAGUGGGACUUGGUUUAGGAUUCAGGGUAAUGAGUGUGGGGCAUUUUGAGUUUUUCUUCAUUAGGAUGAAAUGGUGAGUUAGGGACUCUGCGGGAGCUCUUAUCUCAAAGGUCUUCCGCCAUUCCUCUUGUCCUCUGUGUUUUAUAUUUCUUGGCGAUAAUGGUUUUUGUGUAAUGAUACAUUUUAAAAAUAUGUUUUAAAGGAGUCUGUGAUUUUAACUGGAACGGUUGGAAGUAAACAGUGAGCCUUGCCACCUCUCAUCUCUGAUUAUUAAAACAUUUCCUUACUGGA